CUUUCAUCUCCAACGCUGAUUCGCGAAUAAGCGUUUGAAAAGUCAAGUGACGUCUUCGCGAUGGCGACCUGGACGCUGCUGCUGUUGGCGCUGCUCUUCUCUCAGGUGUUCGCAGAUCCCCACGCCAAGUCAAGCCACGAGAACGUGGCGUCCGAGGCUGACCGCAGACGCUUCCUAUGGCUGGAUGAGGGCAUCGCAGCCACAGGCGAGGUGCAUGAUUGGGGGCAGCAACAGAGCUUCUGCUUCUAUGAGAAUUCGUCGCUGCACAUCCGCAUGGACCCGUUGAACAGCACACUGCAACCAGCGCUGAUUCAGACGCUAGGCCAAUCGCGCGAGGCCAAUGCGCUGUUUAAUAUGACAAACGCCACGUUGUGGUACUUACAGAGCGUCGCGUGGCCACUGCGACCAGUGUUCUGGGCUUGGAGCGAGCUGCGUGUUAUCGUAGAGAGCCCCAAGGCCAACCAGUUAAGCUACACAUUCGCACGCACUCCAGGACUGUUGUGUCGAAGUGUAUUGAAGGCAGCGCUUCUGACACCGGGGCUUAAGGAAUACGUACCACCCUAUGUGGUCAACGCGGUUGAAAACUUCCUAUUCUUUGCGUCCAAGCUUGUGUGUGAGAACUGCGUGGGUGGCUGUCCGCUCGCGUGCAGAGAAUCGGAGGACGAAGACACAUGCAUGCUAGAACUCAGUCCGUAUCACGCGCCAUGCAUCACAGUGACCGGUCCUCUGCAGCCGUUCAUCUCGACAGCGACACCAAACUUCAGCUACGUUCUCACGUUCUAUACAUAUCUGUCGUGGGUGUAUGCGCAGAACUUCUUCUUGGGUCUGCUGCUAUUUUAUCUAUCGGAGUGGCUGUCACGUUCGCGCUCCUUCCACUACCUGUUGGGUGCCACAAUAGGCGUAUUUUUCUCGGCGCUUCUCGCACUCUAUCUCUUCCAGCGUCAAGCUCGGAAUACUACCAAUAUGUUGCCAGGGGCUCAGCUGGUUUCGUCUCUAGCUUCCGUGGCUACAGUGGCGGUUCCAGUCACGGGCUUUGUGAUCAUGCCGAACCUGUAUCGACUCGGGUCGUGGGCUAUCUCGUAUCUCGUCUACUUGUGGAACCGUGAAGUUCUGUUCGGCAUCCCUCAUCUGGGCAAGAUCUACUUCGCCUUCUUCGCUUUCUUUGGCUGUGUACUUGUGUGGUGGUAUCAGUGGGGAGCGUCGGCUAAAUCGGAGUCAGAACCACAAGAUGAAGAGGAGAUUGAAGAGCUUGGCUACUUGGACGACGAGCUGCCUCCUCUGACGAGUUUCCAGCUCAUUAUCUCGCGUUCCUUGAAGAUAUUGGGAAUGACGUUGCUGUUUUACAGCACGUCAUCUACUGAAGCCUCGUUGCUGUUGAUACUUCUGGUAUCACUCACGCGCGUCUUCGAGAUUAUCGCAACGAUCGCGUACUUCUGGUACCAUUUCGAGAAGCCUGGUCGUCACAGUAGCUUGAUUUCCAAGUCGGAAUAUGAGAAGCAAGGACAGACAGAAACGGAGAAAGCGCUGGCGCAAUUGCAGAAAUAUUUGAAGGAGAAUCCAGAUGAGCUGGACAAGGUUCGAGAGGAUAAUGAGAUCCGACUUCGACGAUUUACCAGAGGCCGCAACCACUUGGAUGUGGCCACGCAGGAAUCUAUGCUCGCUCGCCAGCGCGACCAAAGGCGAUCGGUCUGGUCGUACUGCUCCAUUCAGUAGUUCAGUAGUAAAUAGAGGAGUGAACAAUGCAGCAAGUGGCAUGACAGCACGAAGGUACGCUUGUCUGCUGAAGUCAUUUUGGGCUUGGAGGCUGACAAAAAUGUGGUUUAUUCACGUGAAUAGAUAAAAAAAAAAAAUGCUGCAAGCGAAUUUACUUGCUGUUUUUUUGUUACGCACUACAUGAAAUCGUAGGACCGAUCAAUCAACUCACCGCUCUCACUUUCUUGUGCUCGAUCUCUUUGGUUCAGGUUUCACGAUGGAAUUGGGCCGCGGCUUCGCGUCCAGUAGAACCCGUCGUUAGUCACCGAGUCGUGCAUCUCAUUAUCUUCCACUUUGCAAGCGAUCUUGUCUUCAUAUGCCGC